AUGAUUAGUGACGAUAUUCGUUUAGGAGAUAUUAUCACAGAAGAUGAUAAUGGUGAUAUAAUUCUUAUUGGUUUUCCAUAUGACGAAGGUGUACGAAGAAAUAAUGGACGAAUAUUCGAAAAAGAAGCACAUCAACAAUUAGAAGAACGUGUUACUCAUUUGAUUAGAAAUCAAAAAAUUCCAUUUAUUGUCGGUGGUGGAAACGAUCAAUCGUAUCCAAAUGCAUCGGGUUUAUUGAAUAACUCAAAAUCGGUUUAUGUUAUUAAUAUCGAUGCACAUCUCGAUGUUCGGCCAUUGAAAGAAGGAAAUAAGGCACAUUCCGGUUCACCUUUUCGACAAUUGAUUGAAGAUGAACGAUUUCAUCAAAAUCCUUCUAAUCGUUUCAUUGAAUUUGCCAGUCAAGGAUCUCAAUGUUCGAUUGAACAUGUGAAUUAUCUUCGUUCAAAAUCUCCACUAACAAAUAUUAUUUGGUAUCAAACCAUUCGUGAUGAUCCCUUGACACCGUUUCAAUCAAUAAUCAAAUCAGCUGAAGAACAAAAUUGUGACAUUUUCGUUUCAUUCGACAUCGAUUCAAUUAUUUCUGCAUCUUGUCCUGGUGUAAGUGCACCGGCAAGUGUUGGUCUUUCUGCUCAACAAGCUUGUGAUCUUGCAUUCAUUGCUGGACAGUCGUUCCACGUAAAACUAAUGGAUAUGAGUGAAUAUAACCCACUUGUCGAGGAAUAUCGAACUGGAAAACUAAUAACGUUGAUUUUUUAUCAUUUUAUUCUUGGACGGGCAAAAGCAAUUCGUGAUUCGCAAUAA